UUUGGCCAACUUGGUGGAGCUUCAGAGUUCAUUCUUAACUUGUGAUAUGAACUGAAGCUCAAGGGCAGCUAAAUGGACCUUGAUGUGAGAUUGUUUUGAUUUCUAGUCACAUAUUAAAGGAAUCUAAUUCAGAUACAUUCAAAAACAAAUUCAGAUUCAGUCUAACAAGAUCUGAAACUGUCUUCUUCCUAACUGUACACAACAAUUAUAGUAAAUGUCAGGAUCAACCUGCUCCUCUGCAGACCAAGUUGGAGUCUACAGUCAGCACUUUGACAGUAUUAUACAGUACAUUAUACUUGUUUUACAUAAUAGUCACCAGUCAGCUUUUAAAAUGAGGUUCUAUUAUGUUUACACAUUGCUGUAGACGGCUAAUUCAUCUCCAAGGUUACUGACAACACUGGCACGAGUGACACAUUGAGGUGAGUGCAUUACCUUGCGUGUACUUAUUUUUUAUUUUUUUUUGUUUCAUUGUAAUAUAUUCCACUUAAAUCACAACAUAAAUCCUGUAUUUUGGGCAAGCAGAUGGUGGCAGAAGGUAUAUUGUUUUGUGUCUUCUUUUUUUUGUCAAUCUUGCCAUUGUCUGUCUCUUCCUCAAUAUAAUAAUUGAUUGAUUAUAUCUUGGAAAACAUGGGGCUGAUUCUGCUACUUAAUUGUAUAAGUGUGAGAAAUAGAAACAGAAUGUAGUUAAGAGUCUUUGAGAUGUGUUUCAUCUGAUUGCUUCCCAAUCUAUCUAUACUGUAUAUACCUUCAGCAAGAGAGAAAGCUUACACAAGCAGUUAAUGCUGUUAAUGUUGUCUCGCAGGUUCUCAUGGAACCUGGUGGAGCCUCCUGCCAUGGUCCUGCUUGACUGCCAUUGCCAAUACUGUUGUUGCUGUGCACCUGUCUGUCUGUCUGUCUCUCGCUCUCUCUGCCUCUCCCUCUCGCUCUCUCUCUCUCUCUCUGCCUCUCUCUCUCUCUCUCUCUCUCUCUCUCUCUCUCUCUCUCUCUCUCUCACCCCAACUGGUCGAGACAGACGACCACCCACCUAGAGCCGGAGGAUCUGUCCUAGGUUUCUGCCUUUUAACAGGCAGUUUUUCCUUGCCCUUGUCGCCAAGUGCUUGCUCAUGGUGGUACUGUUGGGUCUCUGUAAUUAAUGUUAAAGAGUUCGGUCUAGACCUGCUCUAUUUGAAAAGUGUCCUGAGAUAACUUCUGUUAUGAAUUGGUGCUAUACAAAUAAAAUUGAAUUGAAUUGAAUUCUGUGCUGGGACAAAUACAUGGAAAACAGUGACUUCACUCCAGUCAGGACAGACCAAAAGAUGAGGUCCAGCUUUUCCUAUGCUGCUGCUGCUACAUUAGAGGAUGAUCUCAGUGUGCCACUAUCUGUCCUGGAUGACCCUAGAAUACCAGAGAGCUGUGCACAGUCUGUCAGUGACCCACCCACCUAUUGUAUUAGAGCAGCAGGAGUUCUGAGGUACAAUCGGGAGUCUGACAACCACAGGAUAAACUUAACAACCAUUAUUCCAGAGUCCCAGAAGCUGACAGAAUACCCAGUGAAAUGUGAGUACUGUGGAGAAAAUGCCAAACCCUCACUGGAUCUAACAUGGCUUCAGCGGCCUGAGAAAGUCCCACUCUUCUGCUGUGCCCAGUGGCAGCAGCUGUGUGAGAUGCUGCUGAAGCAGAGAUGUUUAGUUGGGGGGAGAUGUGACUUAAGGACUGCUUCUCCAACAUUAGUAGGGGAUAAGCCGGCCCCAGACACAGAGGAACUUCUCUUCCAAGUCAGGGAGAUGGAGGAUCACAACAAGUUUAUAUUGGAGUUACCAAGUACACUAGGAGAACAAUCCGAACUGAGAAUCUACGAGGAGUACUCAAUCCAACUACCUGUAGCUGAAACCUUUGCCACGACAUCAAAGGUGCUCAGGUUCCGGCUCUCUUGUGCUCCAGGAAAAGGAUGCUGGACAGUUUAUCCUAGUAGUGCAACUGAGAAGCACUUGAAAACAAAAAAGGAAGAGGAGCACGUGUUGGUCCCUUUUUGUGACCACAAGCCACUUCAGUUUGGCAUAUGUCAUCAUCAGGAUGGGGCAGACUCUCUACAGAAGUAUUACUCCAAUCACAUGAAAUUUCUUACUGUGUUCCCUGAUGGUUCUGCUCAGGUCUUUUAUCCCUCAGGCCUCUUGGCUCUCGUUGUCGUGGUCACUGAAGAAAAUGGAAGGGUGUGCAUCGUGUAUGAUGACAGCGAUGCCCCCCGUCAACCAGUUAGAGCCAUAUUCCAGUCUGACGGCAGGGCAACGUGUUAUCACAGCAAUGGAAACAUAUGGCUGACCUUAAACAGAUCAGGCGGUCAGUGUUUGGAUGAGGAGGGUGCUAGGGUUCGUCGGUGGAGCUGGGGCAGUCUGAGCCUCACUCCCUCUCCCCUGCACCCCAUUUUCUUGUCCCUCAACAAAACCAUUGGGGUUCGAGUCCUAGGGAGAGAGCAAGUGUUUGUCUCCUUCCUGGCAAGAGGCCAACAGGCAAAGUUCAGUGCGGAAUGUAAAACAGACGAGGCUGCUUCAGGACCAUCAGUAUUGAAGGAGGAGUUGUUUGUGUUGGCAGCUAGGAUUAGGAUCCACCUGGCCAUUCAGCACCUUCACCAAUAUCUGACAACGCCCUCCCAUCCUCGCCUACCGAAGACCACACAAGCCUCCCGCCUCCAUGUUGUUGCCCAGAGGAUUCUGGAAGUCAGUGCUGAUUCAACGAUGAGUGAGAGUGAAAGAGCCUUUAUCUCUAAGUGCCUUCAGGAUUGUCUUUGAUGUGCUGGUAAUAAAGUACACUAUGACAGAAACUCUGUUAUGGCACAAAGGCAUAUAAAUUAGGAUGUACUCCACAGAGCAGGUCAAACACCACGGCCUCUCGACGAUGUGGACCAUAAAACACAAUAUUUGCAGCCAACAUUUAGGCAUUGUAUAGUUUUAUUUAAACAUCCUUAUGGCACAUGCAAAAGGGGUGGCCAAACUUUGGCAGCUGUAAUAUUCAUAGGCAUGUUUCAUUAGUGUAGAAUCAUCUGAAUAUAGUAAUCAUUAUGUUUUUCUUAUCAUAGAACAAGCCUUUGUUAUCUACAUCUGGAUUGGGGCGUUUUCCAGUUGUUUUUCUUGCAUUUCAUGGCAACCAUAGUUUCUCCUUCGCGUUUGGAAGGGGAGGGUGAAGCUAGGGAGUUGACAUCUGCUAAAUGCAACUAAAUCCUAAAUACUGGACCUUUAAAGACUCUUAAUAGGAUUUCGGGAGGUAUGAUAGCAGUUACAUCACAAUGCUCAGACCUCAAUCAUAGGAUCCACUCAUGGAUGGCUUUUGACACACAAAAAGAACAAAAACUACAAGUAAAAGCAGAAAAACUGAAAAUUAUAAUUUGCUUUAACCUUUCUCUAGUGAAUCUGUUAAAACCCACAGGAAAUCUAAAUGGGGUCAUCCUUCUGUCUACUCCAUUGUCAAUAAACGUAUCAAAUAUA